UACGUGCACGUCAGGAUGGUUGGUACGGCCCGGCGGACCCUACACGCUGGCCACAGCUCUUCCACCCCAAGUACACGCACCUGUGCGUGCUCCCGAACCCACGCAUGGGGUCUCCGAGCUUCCGAUCUCAGUGCUCGACAACGUCGGUCCAGAGAGUUGGCGACCCAGCAACACCGUCGACGAGCACGGCAACCCCCUCGUCCUCCUCCAUCCCGACCGACGUGUUGUCCUCGCAGCCGACCUCGAGUUUCUGCACAUCCAGGUGUCCCAAUUCAUCGCAGAGGAUGCGGCGAAAUCCGACCGCCGCGGUCCAGAGAACAUCCAUGCCGCCCUCAAGAACUUCGCGCUCUCCGCUUCCGAGGCGGUUGAACGGAUGCGCAGCAUUCCCGUCACCUUACAACGCUUCCGGUGGGAGAUGCGUGAGUAUCAACGCUACUACGCCGAGGCCUCGGCGUACAUGGAUUUCGUCAACACGUUCAACGCUCGUAUGGUCGACACGAAGGUCCACCAGACCGAUUCAAGUCUCAUGGGAGCCAUCUCCGCUGACCCUGCAGUUGUGUCUCGGCUCUACCGCGCUGGGAUUCCCGUCUGGUAUAUCCGUCGCUAUUCGCAGCUCGUCCCCGAGCUCAAGAUUCAGGAAGUCGUCGAGCCGUCUCUACCGCAGGAGCGCGGUGUCAUGAUCUUAGAAUACGAUCCUCCAUACCCAACGCAAUACGUUGGUCCGCCCGGCCUGGCGCACCUCUCAGCCGUCCACACCUUCGGCAUGAGGGUCUACAGCGCUGGCAUUCCUGAUCCCGGCCCUGCGUCCACUGGUUCCCUCCGUCGUCCUCUCAAUCCCGAUUCGGCGACCUCGUCCUCUCGCGGCCCUUCCAAGAAGUCGAAGGCUGCCCACAAGGCACCUCCCCCGACUGGUUCCACCCACACUCCUCCGACCCCGAAGGCGGGACGCGACCACUUUGUGGAUGCCGACAGCUCGCUCAUACCGCCUCCUAUCACGCAGUGGUCGAAGGCCCUCGAGCGGGUCCAAAACGACCCUGCCCGUCUGUCUAAGGACCGUCUCCCGUCCGGACACUACUGUCCUAACCCGGCGACGUUCGCUACUGCGAACAGUCUCGCGCGGUUCUUGGAAACGUGGCUAACCAUCCGUCCUGCGUGGCUUGCGCACAUGCAGGACGCUGUUUACAGCGACGCCUUGGUUCCGUACAGCAAGCCAAUCUGGAAUGCGCUCCUAGUGAUGACGGACGAACAGCGUCGAACUGCCGCCGCGGCAACUCCUACCUCCGCGGCGAAGUCAGCCAAGCAUCGUGUAGAGGCGAUGCAGGCGUUUGGUCGCUUCUUCCCCACCGACGACUUCGCUACGCCGUCCACGCUCCAAUUCUUCGAGUUCACCGUCAAGACUCCCAUCCGCGAGGUCGUACCGAGCUUGGCACGCAAGGUGGUGUGGGAGCUGUACGAGCUCUCGUUCCGCCUCGAACUUGCUGCGGUCGACUUCAAACUGACCCGCCAGGUUUCCACAGGCCGGUAUGCCUGGACGCAGCGUCGCGCCGAGAUCGCCAAAUGCUUUCCGAAUGGCUCACUCGUUCUCACUCAAUACCCCGCGUCCAACGGAGGGCUGGCUUCUCUCCAGUCCGGAGUUCUCGCGGCGUACGUCGAGCACCUUCGCCGUGUCCUGGCGAAAUGGCCGAACGCGUCGUCUCUCCAGCGUACGCUGCGCCCCGAGGACCACCCGAACCUCAUACUGGAGGUCGAGCACGACGUGGUGUCGUUUUACUGUCAGGCGUUCUAUGACUUGUGUGGGCGCGCUGCAGUAGUUCCCCAUCGCCUCCCUGCGGACUAAUCGUACAUACUUUGUCGUACAUCGCUACUCCCUACAACCUAUCGUCCCUCACACAAUUCCUAUCUA